AUGGCGCUGAGAAGAAGGAGCGAGCCACCAGAGGGCACAGACACGGCCACGCUCUCGCCUUCAGACGGGACUCAAGGUGUUCUCGCUAAUGAUGACAUGUCCAGGCAGUACAAUGAUGAACUGCAGAAAGGAGAGAAGGCUGUACAGAGGGGAGACCUGGACUCAGCAGAGAAGCACUUUGCAGCAGCACUCAGGCUCGUACAUGUCAGAGAUCCUACAAUUCUCCAGUACGAAAGAGAAGUAUCACCGCUGCACAAGUUGGGCGAUGUCUACUGCCGGCGAGGCUGUCAAACAGGUGACGGGGGAGACUUUGUCAAGGCGGCAGCACUCUACCAUGCAGCACUGGCCAGGUCGGGGAAAAGAGCAUUAAAACACCUGGAGUUUGCCAUAUUGGUAGAGGAGGAAAAUGAAGCAAACGCCGCGUAUUUCCGCCGACUGACUCACUACCUGCACCUCAAGGUGGUCAACCUGGGAGAAACCAUUCUCCCAGCCCUGGGGAUCAAAAGUCUGAAUGACUUCUACUCAGACGACCCACUGGAGUGUUGGUACUAUGACUGUGUUACACCACGUGGGUUUGCAUUUGACGGCUCCAUGCCAAAGGCAAGCAAGACUCCACUGGGAGAGCAGGGGUUAGUAGAUGACUAUGAUGCUCUUGUAGUCGAAACUCUGCAGUCUCGUGGUGGCGAAAUGGCUCAGCAACUGGCAAAGGAGACGAUUCGCGAGAAUUUUAGAGACGCUCAAGGACAAGUACCGACUGCCAUCCUAUUGGAUGUGAAGAAACAGAUCUAUCGCUUCCCAUCUCUUGCAGUGGACUGUUUGGCACUGAGGUCAAACAUCGUCCCCUCGACCGUUUGGCAGACCAUUGAAGACAUGAAAACUGAAGGGGUUGUCAGUGCAGAAAACGCGCAUCACCUGAAGGUUCUGGUCAGCAUCUCAGCAGAACUCAGACUGAGAACCUACAUCACAAACGGUGGACAGAAGGAAAACCUGUCAGCCUUGUCAGCGAUGCCAGCAUCACAGCAGAACAGUUUAGUUUGGAGCAAUAAGGGUGAUAAUAAGAAGGCCGUCAGCUCCAUCGAACAGAGCCUGAAGAUGAGGAACACUCUGUAUGGUCAGAAUACAGCCCAUCCUGACAUAGCGGUAUCCUUAACCCUGCUGGGAGCAGCCUGGCAUGAGCUGGGGAAACCUCAUAAGGCUCUCAACUAUAGAAAGUUAGCACUGAAAACGUACACGGUUUUCUAUGGCGACAAGGCACAUCCUCUUAUUGCACAUUCACUCAGCAGUCUUACAACGUCGUGGAACAACCUGGACCCAAAGCAGGCAAUCAUGUAUGCACAACAGGGGGUGGACAUGAGGAGAAGACUCCAUACUGAAGCCCAUCCUGACACUGCCGGUGCUCUCAGCAACCUCGGGUCCGUUCUGUGGAGGUUGGAGAAACAUGAAGAAGCACUCAUAUGCUACGAGGAGGCUCUGCAGAUUUUAAAGACGGUCUAUGGUCCAGAUAAACCACAUCCAGCCAUUGCCAAUACACUCAAUAACCUGGGGACAACAUGGGGUAAACUGGGGGAUAGCAGUAAGGCAAUGACGUACUAUGAAGAGGCACUACAGAUGGACAAAGCCGUACAUGGUCAAAACACACCACAUCCUGAAAUUGCAGAAAUUCUUGCCAACAUGGGGGCGGCCUGUACUAACCUUGAAAAUCACCAGGAAGCACUGACCUACCUCGAGCUAUCAUUGGAGAUGUAUCAAAGUGUCCUUGGUCCGAAUGCGGAACACCCUAAGAUUGCUAGCACACUCAAUAACAUGGGACAUGCGUUGCGAUGUUUGGAUGAUGACAGUAAAGCCGUUGAACGCUAUGAACAGGCGCUGCAGAUGCAGAAAGCGGUCUAUGGUGAAAACACUACACAUGCGACCACUGCCGCCAUACUUAGAAACUUGGCAGUAGCCUAUGAGAGCCUGAAGAAUUACCCAAAAGCACUGGGCUUCUAUGAACAGUCACUGCAAAUGUCCAUGACUAUCUAUGACUCUCAUCCAGCAGAUCCACACAUUGCCUCUACACUCAGAGAAAUGGGAUUUACUUGGAGCAAACAAGGUAAUCACAGGAAAGCCGUUGACUACUUCGAACUGGCACUGGAGAGGUGUGAAACAAUCCAUGGCACAGCACACCCUCAAAUCGCCCCAUUGCUCCAAUUCAUCGGGUCGGCUUGUCUUCGCCUUGGUGAGAAGAAAAAAGCCAUUGACUGCUUUGAGCGAGCCCUGCAGGUGCAGAGAAACUUGUACGGCGCUCGUGCGGAAACUCUUGGUAUCGCUGCUUCACUCAGCUGCCUGGCGGCAGCCUGGAAAAAGCAGGGUCAUGACCGAAAAGCGAGAAAGUACAUGAACCAGGCAAGGCAGAUGGAAAGGAAAGUAGCACGUCAGGAGUCCCAAAUGACUAAAGUCCAUCUUAAACUGAAUAAAACAGCCACCUUGGAGGGAUAA